UACAAGUCUGCGAAAGCCGCGCUGUUGCUGGACAUGGCCACCACUAUUUCCCUGGUUGAUCCGGCUAGGAGUAAUAAGUUGACGCAGGUCAAGACAAAUGGAUAUAGCAAACCUGAAAAGCGCAAGCGAAGCGAAGCGCAUCCGGAUGCAGCUUCGGAGAACCCAAGCGAACACCUUAAGAAGAAGGCCAAGAAGAAGGUACUGAAGACGGAUCAAAACGGCUCAGCAGAUGCAGACCAUGUACCGGCCCCAAGUGCUGCGACUGUGCAGGCCGCAUCUGCGAAGGCGUCUCAGUCACGGCCCGCAGAAACCGACAGUAAGGUGAACGGCGACUCCACGCUCAAGAGAAGUAAGAAGAUGCGAAAUCACGAGAGCGGGGAGAACGACGACCCAGUCACCGUUGAGCCUUCAGAAAAGAAAGUAAAGCCGAGCAGGAGCGAGACCGUUCGAGUGGAGGAGAAGCCCACAGCCACAGCACUGUUAGAAAAGCCCAAGAAGAAACGGAAGAAAGAAAUAAACACCACCCUUGAUGUUGGGCCCGCUACUGCGCAAAUUCCGGACGAGACUGUGGUGCAGGAUUGGAGCGCGACUCAGCCGAAAGGCACUGAUGGUCUUGCGCACCGCCAAUUAGGGUUCAGCGAUGAAAUUCUGGCAAUGAAGUCCCCGUUUGAACAUGUGACGGCGAGUCUAUACCUCGCACUAUCACCGUGUGCGAAUGACUUCCCAGUCGAAGGACUACUGGCGGAGCACCUAUCACCGCUGCUUCUUACCUACUACCCGCCGCUCAAGGGUGUCGUACUGUCGUACACCAACGCACGGAUAUCGAACGGACCAAAUGGAGCAGGAGACGGCAUUGCGCUCGGCCAGUCCAUCGACGAGUACGCUGUUACAUUUCUGUGGCUUACGGCAGACUUUCUACUCUUUAAGCCGAGUAGAGAUGCUUACCUUGAAGGCUGCGUCAACUUGCAGAAUGAGAGCUUGUUGGGCUUAAUUUGCUAUAACUAUUUCAAUGCUGGCAUUGACCGCUCGCGACUACCCACGGACUGGAGUUGGAAAGACAACGAUGAUGUGGAAGGGGUUGCGAAGUGGGGAAGACAGCCAACCAAUGGGCAUUGGGUUGAUGGUGAUGGUGUGAAGGUGGAGGGGAGGCUAGCAUUUCGUGUAAGGGAUUUCGAAGCUGUCGGUGGAAGUGAGCUUGGUGCCGGCAGCGUCAACAUCUUAGGGACGUUAUUGUCUGAUGAUGAGGACGGGAAACUGGAUGAUGAGGAAAGGCAGCAGGGUUUGGUCACCCGUCGGUCACGGUGAUCCAACAUUCACCACGUGCGUAGCCGAAAUGCGCCCUGCCUAGAACCAAGGUGUGAUACAGAAGGCAUAAUGCGAAAUCUUUCUUGCACUCGAUG